CUAACGUACAAAUCGCCGGAUACGGGGCCACUAGUGAUCAGACACUGGUGAGAGAUCGGCUCAGGACUGGUUGGAUGCCACUCAGGAACUACACUCAUAAUGACAAUUGCCAUUUGAUACUCACCCGACACGAUGGCCAAAAUCCCACUGGUUGUUACACAUAUCACAGACAAUGCACCAUAUUGUCUGUGAUUAACAUCUCGGUGUUUGCACUAACACAUACAUUACAGGGCGAUUCCGGUGGGCCAUUGGUUCAGUACACUAGUGCCGGUCAGGCAGUGGUGAUUGGUGUGGCCCAGGGGUUUGAGGGCGCAUCGUGUGAGACGGCCACAGAUUUGUUGUUUGUGAGGGUGUCGUCGUUUUUAUGGUGGAUAGAAAAUAACAUCAUGGGUAAUAAUUACCAGAAACAACCCGCCAAAACAACCAUGAAACUUAACCCAAUAUUACUAACACUACUAUUAAUACCCUGGUUAUCGGGGUGUUUGGCAACACUACGGACACUAUUGGAACGGUUUAUCAACAACGAGAACCUACCGGAGCGCCUACCACUGGACGGCGUGAAAGUGCAUUUCUCAUAUCCCAAUACAAAAUGGUGCGGACCCGGCAAUACGGCCCAGACUUACGACGACCUAGGUGUCGACUGGGAGACUGACACGUGCUGUCGCGAUCAUGAUCAUUGCGAUAUUAACGUGUCACAGGGCAAUGUGGUGUGCGGUGUGAUUAACCCAGGCUUGUUUUCCAUCUGCGAAUGUGACGCCCGGUUCAGGCGGUGUCUGAUGUCUGUGUCGAGCCGAUGGCUGUCCAGCGCACAAACAGUGGUCCGAAUAUACUCGUCAACUGUCCGCCGUUACAAU